CCAAGUUGGACAGCUCUGGCACCACAUUGGCUGUUGUGGCGGCUUGCCAAGCACUGGGCUACUAUGAUGUGCACCUUGCCCUGUCAGAGGAUCACACAUGGGUGGUGUUCGGAGACAAGGGACAGCACACUGUUGAGGUCACUUGGCACGGGAAGGGCAAUGAGGACAAGAGAGGCAUACCAGUGACACAUGAUGUUUAUAGCAAGUCUUGGCUUUAUGUCAAUGGCCAGCCAGUGGUGUGCAACAGACACAUGGAGGUAGCAACAAUAGUGUCCAAUAUGAAUCCUGGAAUCAACGCUACCACAGAUUCAGAGGAAGUGAUGCUUUUGCAGCAGGCACUCCUCUGGAUGCUGUAUGAUGCUGGCCAUCUCACAAAAUAUCCCAUGGCCAUAGAUAACUUGGGUGACCUUGAAGAGAUGAUGCCCAGCAAAGGAAGGGCGCCGGCAACACGCAUGUAUGAGGAGGCCAUCACUAGUGCUGUGCGUUACUAUGACAACCAGCAUGUUUAUCCAUAUACGUACCUGGGUGGUUAUUGUUACCGGAACAAGCUAUACAAGCAAGCCCUCAAGUAUUGGGCUCAGGCUGCAUCUGUCAUAAAAAAUUACAACUACUCAAGAGAUGAUGAAGAAAUUUACAAAGAAUUUCUGGAGAUUGCCAAUGAGCUUAUUCCGCACAUCAUGCGUGUGGUGAGUUCAGGCAUCUCAGCACGGUCCAUCUUGAAGGAUCCAGAGUGCUUUGGUUACCUACUUGAGUUCUACGAUGGAAUCUGUGAAUGGGAGGAGGGCUCAGCCACCCCGGUCCUUCAUAUUGGCUGGGCUAAAGCACUAUUUAACACCAUUGCAAAGUUUGAUGCACAUGUCAGGUCACACGUCAAGAUAUUUUGUGUGGAUCCUGAUUCAUCUGAUGUCACUGAGGAGCCUGAGCAGCCAACACUGGAGAAAACUGCUGCUGAGGCUAGGUCAUCACAAGAUCAAAAUGGCAACAUGGCAGCUGACUGUACUACAUUUACUGAAGAGGAAUUGGAUCCAAGUGAAAUGAUGCACCGCUGGCCACCAGUUAGACUUGCUUCAGCCAAGAUGCGAGGGCUACGGGAUCUAUUACUAGCUGACAAACUUAAUUCUCAGGCCAUUUCUCUUCAGCUCACAGCACAAUCACAGGUGACCAUGACAAAGAAGAGAGGGAGCAUUGGUGGUGAAGUAGAGAGCAGCCAUCACGUGGGGCGCUCAAAGAGAUCACGGCGAGACUGAGGUCAGGCCCAGUUUGGGGGUCAGCUGUGCUGGAUAGCACGGCAGUAGUAUAACACCCUGAGAUCCUGGAGACCUUGAAUACUUCAUCGAGAAUGGGACCAGAUAAUCAUCCCUUUCCUUUUAAGCAUUGUAGUGCUCCUUAGCUUCUCCCAUAUUUUCCCUGUUUCAAAAAUAUUUGCAUGAUGCAGCCCUUCCAUCACUCUGGAAAACCUCCCUGGUAGUUCCAAUCUUCAAAAAAGGUGUUCGUUCUUCUCCUCUUAAUUACAGGCCAAUUAGCUUGACUUCAGUUUUUUUUUUUUUUAUUUAUACCAUG